AUGGUGUUGUCGAAGAAGGACGACCAUGCCGAUGGCAAUAUGUUCGUGACGGUUGAGACCCCCCUUGCGAACCGUGUGGACGAGGCGACGACUGCAAGCGCCGGUUCGACCAACGACGCGAAAACGGGCAAAAUGGCGACCUUCUCCCAGCUCUUCCAGUUUGCGGACGGGACCGAUUAUGCGCUCAUGGCUGUGGGUACACUUGGUGCAAUGAUCACGGGUGCCGGUCAGCCGAUUCAAAUCACGUUCUUCGGAGACAUUAUCAAUGCAUUCAAUCCCCCAGACCCGUCUAGAAAAGAGAUCCCCGGCGCGUUUCAAUCCGACAUCAACAAGGUCGUAUACCAGUUUCUCGUCAUCGCGUCGAUCAUUCUGGUCUGUGGGUUCGUCCAAAUUGCAUGCUGGUCCAUUUCGGCGUCGCGCCAAGCGAAGAAGCUCCGUCAUGCUUAUGCUUCUGCGAUUUUGCGUCAAGAAAUUGGAUGGUUUGACGUGAACGAACCGAUGCAAUUGGCCACGCGAGUCGCAGAUACUACUCUGCUGGUGCAAGAAGGCAUGGGCCGUAAAGUCGGCGAUGGGAUCAACUUUUUGUCCAUGGGUAUCACAUCUUUGGUGGUUGCGUUCUACUACGGCUGGGAACUAUCACUCGUGCUUUUUGCUUUCACUCCGCUUAUUGGGGUGAGUGCUUAUUGCAUGACGAAAGCCAUCACUGCUGCCGUACAAGGUGGUGUUGAAGCGUAUGCAGAAGCUGGUGGUAUUGCGGAAGAAAGCCUGAGCAACAUCAAGACUGUGCACAUGUUUAACUCAAUGUCCGCUAUGGCUGACAAAUACGUCGCCGCCCUUUUACGAACCGAACAAGCGGGUGUGAAGAAGGGUUUCGCCGUUGGUUUUGGCACUGGUAUGAUGUACUUCGUCAUGCUUUGUACCUACGCCGUCGGUAUGUACUAUGGCGCUGUCCGCAUCACAAACGACCAACUUGGGCCAGAGAAAUGCGUUGGAAGUGGCUGCUACGAUGGUGGUCGUGUGAUCAUUGUAUUUUUCUCGAUUGUCAUGGGCUCUAUGGCAUUGGGUCAGGCCGGCCCGAGUAUGCAAGCUGUGAUGACCGCCCGAUCUGCAGGGUACGAAGUGUUUGACCUCAUCAACCGCGAAUCCAAGAUCGACGCCUCAUCCACAGAAGGAAAAACCAUUGAUGACGUUCAAGGGCGCAUUACUCUGGAGUCCAUCCGAUUUGCAUACCCCUCUCGACCAGAGGUCGAAGUGGCCGCGGGGUAUUCUUUAGACAUUCCGGCUGGUCAGAAGAUUGCGUUGGUGGGUUCCAGUGGAAGUGGCAAAAGUACGAUUGUGUCUCUUUUGGAGAGAUUCUACGAUCCAUUGGAAGGUCGUGUCACCCUGGAUGGUCAUGACUUGAAAUCACUCAACAUCAAGUGGUUGCGCGAUCAGAUCGGGUUGGUUGGCCAAGAACCGUGUUUGUUUUCCGACACGAUUGCGGCUAACAUUCGUCAUGGCAAGCCUGGUGCCACCAUUGAAGAAAUUCACGAAGCGGCCAAGCAAGCUAAUGCGUACGACUUUAUCAUGGGAUUUCCUCUUGGAUUUGAUACCGCCGUGGGUGACCGAGGCGCGCAGUUGUCUGGUGGUCAAAAGCAGCGCAUUGCCAUUGCACGUGCUAUUAUUAAGAACCCCGCCGUACUGCUCUUGGACGAAGCCACAAGUGCGUUAGACACGGAAAGUGAAGCUGUGGUACAAGCAUCGUUGGACCAAUUACUAGCGUCUCGCCAGCGCACAACCAUUAUCAUUGCACAUCGGUUGUCGACGAUUCGUGAUGCUGACCGUAUCGUCGUGUUGAGCCACGGUAAGGUAUUGGAAGACGGCAACCACGAAUCUUUGCUCCAAAUUGAAAACGGACACUACAAAGCGUUGGUGGAAGCUCAAAUGCGUGGCUCCCUCAGUGAAGAGGAAGAAGAUGUUCCUGAACAAGUCAAGAUUCUUCGCAAAGCAUCGACUUCGGUGGCCGUGGUUGGUAAUGUGACUGAAGAAACCAGCAGUGAGGCAUCCGAAGAAGUUGGUGCGACCGAUGUACCCAUUUCUCGCGUGUGGGCUUUGAGUGUCCCUGAGACUCGCCAAUUGAUCUUUGGAAGUUUGGGUGCCCUAGUCCAUGGGGCUCUGUACCCUGUGUGGGGUGUCUUGCUCACGAAGUGCACUGUUGUGUUCUUCUUGACAAGUCUUGGUUCAGACGCCAUGCGGAAUGAAGCCCUCAAGUGGUCAAUGGGAUUCAUUGCUUUGGGCGUUUCCAUUUUGAUCGCAUUGACUGUCCAAAACCAUCAGUUUUCGAUUGUCUGCGAGCGUUUGACGUCGCGUAUCCGUGGUAUGGCAUUCCAAGCGAUGCUCCGUCAAGACAUUGGAUGGUUUGAUGAUCCCAAGCAUUCGUCUGGGGCGUUGACCACACGCUUGGCAACGGAUUCGGCAGCAAUUCGUUCCAUGACGGCGGAAACCCUGAACGCGAUUCUGAUCAAUGCUGCUACGCUGAGUGUCGCGUUCGGCAUUGCGUUCUACAACUCGUGGCGUAUGACCUUGCUUUUUCUGGGUGUGUUGCCCAUCAUGGCUGCUGCUCAAACAUUGCAAAUGCAAAUGAUGACGUCUCAAACUGGCAAGAGCAUCAAUGAGGGCGACAUCAAAGCUGGUGCCAUGCUGAGCGAAGCUAUUAACGCCAUCCGUACUGUGGCAUCGUUCAACUUGGAAAGCUCGACCAACGCAGCAUAUUUGGGGAACUUGCAAGUCAGUGCCGCUACAGACCGUAAAGCUGGCAUCUUCGGCGGUAUUGCGUUCUCUGUGUCGCAAUCGUCAAUGAUCUAUGCCUUGUCUGCCGUAUUCUACUACGGUGGCUGGCUCAUGACGCACAAAUUGCUGGAGUUUGAGAACUUAUUCAUGGUUCUCAACUGCAUUCUCUUUUGCUCGUUUGGUGUGGGUAUGGCUGCCCAAGGCAUGGGCGACGUUGGCAAGGCAAAGCAUGCUGUGAAAAGUAUCUUUGCCAUCAUCGACCGCCAGCCUCCCAUCGACUGCGCGUCCAACCAAGGUCUGCAACUCGAACAUGAGCCGGUCCUGUUUGUCGGCACGAUCGGGGAGAACAUUGCGACGGGAAAGCCCGGCGCCACACAGGAAGAGAUCGAAGAAGCCGCCAAGAAGGCCAACGCACACGACUUUAUCAUGCAGUUCCCAGACAAGUACAACACGGCCGUGGGGGACCGCGGCGUGCAAGUGUCUGGCGGCCAGAAGCAGCGCAUCGCGAUCGCCCGCGCCAUCAUCCGCGACCCUGCGAUUUUGUUGCUGGACGAAGCCACGAGUGCGCUGGACAACGAGAGCGAGCGCAUUGUGCAGGAUUCGCUGGAUCAGCUGCUCAAGCUCAAGCGUCGGACGACGAUCAUCGUGGCGCAUCGGCUGUCGACGGUGCGGAAUGCGGACGUGAUUGCAGUCGUGGACGGUGGUCGCGUGGCCGAGCAGGGCACGCACGACGAGUUGAUUGGCAUCCCGAACGGCAUUUACGCCAACUUGGUGUCGCGCCAAAUGCAAUAG